CAGAGGGCCAAGUCUCCAGAUGCCGCCAAGCAUGUGGCUGCACUCAAAGCCCUUGCCAAGCACGAGGAAGAUCGCAACUGGUGGACGGAAGAUGAACAAAAAUUGCGCUCCGGAAAAUGUGCUCGCUGGUGGUGCUGGGUGCGGAGUCAUGACAUAGAAAUCACUUCAUAUGCAGUGCUCUCGCUGUUGGAAUCGGGCCAGGUGACUCCCGAUUCGUUGCUUAAUUCGAUUCGCUGGCUGGUGGCACAGAGGAACAGCUUUGGGGGUUUUGCUUCUUCGCAGGAUACGGUGGUUGGCCUGCAGGCCCUCAUACAGUUCGCCAAGACGUCCGGCUAUGAGCCAGCUAAGUGGGACGUGUCCGUUUCCAAUCAUGGUCAGUGGGAAAAGACUGAGAGGCUCAGCCUGACAGAAGAUAACAAUUUGCUACUACAAACCGUGGAGUUCCCUCAAGGCACCAAGUCCCUGUCGUACGAGGCGAAGGGAACUGGCGCUGCUCUGCUACAAAUAAGCUACCAGUACAAUAUUGUCGAGAAGGAACCGAAGCCCAGCUUCAAGAUUGAAGCUGUUAUUAAGCCGGAAUCGCCCCCAGCCAAGCUAAACCUCAAUGUAUGACUUGAGUAUGUAGAGGAGGG